UGACAGCAACGCGUCUUUUGAUAUGCAACAUCUGUCCCUGGGCCAACGAACGGUGUGGAUUCUGAAAAGCUGGAAACACGUGGUCUGUUAUGAUGGUCGAUUCGCGUUUUGUGCGUGUUUUAUCAUGUGUACUUUGGUGAUUCUUGUUCUUACCUGCAUCAUUGUGCUGAUGCCAUCACUGUUGAAAUCACACAAAUAAAUCGGAAAAUUAAGUGCAGCCCACUUCUCAAUACCCACUUGUUUUUUCCAUGGUGCCGUCUUCUCAAAAUGGAAAACCUUCAGAAUCGCUGCAUCGCACCAUUUAAUUUACAUCUCUUUUUCUUUUUCCUUCAUUUUUGCUUAUAUUUUUCUUCUGAUGGAACAGAAAGAAACCGAGAAACGAUCUCAACGGUUAUCCGAGUCCAAACUGAAACGUCUACUGGAAACCAACGAGAAACUAACUGACCAGUUGAAUAUGAAUCGGAUCCCGGUCAGCGAAGCAGCACGGCAUUUGAUUGACUAUUGUAGUAAUACCCCAGAUCCAUUGGUUCCGUCGUUGUGGGGCCGCAUGGAAGAUGCUCCUUUUCUGGACACACGGUCUAAAUUCCGCUGCUGUCAUAUCAUGUAA